UCCUCCCGACGUGAGCGGCGCCGUGUAAGCGUGAUGUGUUGUUGUUGGCAGGGGUGAGACUCGGUCUGGGGAAGGAAUGUCAAGACAGACCAGGUGUCCGGAGUGUGGCUCGGGGGAGGUGGAGGAGGAUGAACACUACACGCAGAGCCAUCUGGUCUGUACCCAGUGUGGCUGUGUGCUGACUGAGGGCAUCCUCACCACCACACGCACCGAGGAAGCUUUCCUUCAAGAGGUGAAGUAUUACAGGAGCACAGCUGAGGUCAAGACGCCCUGUCGUAACCAAAUCCACGGUCUGAAGCGUGUGCGUGACGUGUGCAGAGUGUUGCGGCUGCGGGCGGUGCUGGAGGAGACCGCCAGUGGGCUGUAUCGGGAGGCUUACGAACACGAGGAGUUGCUCCAAGCCAGGCUGUGUAAGAAGGAGGCUCUGGUGGGCUGCUGUGUCUAUAUCUCUUGCCGUCAGCAUUCCUGGCCCCUCACACUGGGCACCGUUUGCUCCCUGCUCCACACAGACCCCAGCCUCGUCUCCAGCCUCUACCUCCGCCUUCUCGUUCUCUUGCACAUCGAUAUCCCCAGUCUGGCCCUCAGUGACCUGGUCAACACCCACUGUCAGGGGUUCCAGCUGUUCCAGGCAGGCGUCUCAGACUCCCCAGGGCUGGUGGAGGAUAGGGUCCGUGUGACGGAGCGGGCGGUGCAGCUGGUGGAGUUGGCGGGCGAGACAUGGCUAGUGACGGGCCGCCACCCGGUGCCCAUCCUCACAGCCGCUGCCUACCUGGCCUGGCAGUCACUGGCCCCCGCUCAGCGCCUCCGCUACAGCCUGGCGCGUUUCUGUAAACUAUGCAGCGUGCGGCACCCCGGCUCAGCCAACCUCCGACUGCGUGAGCUGUGCCAGGUGCUGGUCAGCCUGGCGGCACGGUUACCCUGGCUCGGGACACAGCGGCUCGAGCCUAAGACGGUGGUGAAAUACGCCGGUGAUGUGUUGCGACACAGAGCGGUGCUGCUCAGACACUCAUUGGUUAACGGAAGCCAGGAAGUGGGGGACGGAGAGGGAGAGACACCGCGUGGGGCAGACGGGGAAGGGGGGGAGUCACAAAGCACUGAGUGGGAGAACCAGCAAGGGGUGUCCCACACUGAGGAAAGGUCCCGGGAUCGUGGUAGCCCAACACAGACAUGCGCACAGGACUUCCCGUGCGGAUUCCUCCCCCCGUGUCUGAGCCAGCCAAAGAGGAGGGGGCAGCAAGGGGGGAGCGAGAGAGAAAGAGAGAGGCCCUCCUCCCACUGCGUGACCGGGGACGAGGAGAUAUCAGACACGGAGAUUGAGCUGUACCUGAGGACGCCACAGGAGGUGGAGAGCUUCAUUAAAGCCAGUGCCCUGCUCCUGUGAGGAGAGUGGAGUCACCCAUCACCCCUAACCCCCUUUCUCCCUCCCCACAUUCCUCCCACCCAUCUCUCUGUCCCAGUGUUCAGGCACCUUUAUAGAGUCCUGUAGCUCAGGGGUUAGAGCCCUCACCUGUAGCUC